CGGUGCACUCGCCCUAGAUGCGCGCCAGUAUAUUAUCGUUUGGAUCAGUUAUUCUUCACUCACCUCGUCUCGUCUCGUCUCGUCUCGUCUCGCCUCGGCCGGAACUCCCCUACCCUACUAAACCGAUAGUGUUCCCUCUCCAUCAUCUCUCCUCGCCUCGCCUCUCGCGCUCUCGACCGUCCUCUCUCGUCUCGCCUCGUCUCCCACCGCAUUCGGAUUGAUUUCGAAGCGCGCGGAUGGGGGGCUCCACGUCUCUACUCGCUUGGCCGAAGGUACAUACUUACGCGCGUUGUAUUCGGUGUCCAUGUUGGAUUCGGUUGCUUAUUCCCUUCAGCUUCUCCACCCUGCAGCUCGCUCGCGUGCGCGCGGCCGCGUAUAUCCCCUUCGUUUUUUUCGUCUCUCAUCCUAUCUAUGUGGAGCUCCCCGUCGUCUCACCUCUACCCUCUCCUAUCUCCUCUAAUCUCUCCGUCUCUCAUCUGUCGUACUCGAUAGUUCCCCUCGUCUCUUCUUUGUCCUCAGGAACCGUUCCUCGCUGAACUCCUACCCUGUAGCAAAUUGCUCUCUCCUCUCCUCUUUUCCUCUAUCCUGUCGCGCUUGCGCGCGUGCUCUCAGUUAUGACUCUCACGGAUUUAUAGAACGUUACGAUUACCGUACGAUACCUCACGAACUCUUAGGACUUUGUUACGACUUAUACAGGUGUUUAGGCACACA